AUGAGACCCCGUUUGGAAAUUUCAGCAUUUUCGAGUGCUCAAGAAAAUAUACAUGCCCUAGAAGAAUGGCGCAAAAUUAAUGAUCGUCACACUAGUAACCUCAAGGCAUUUUGCCACCGUAGAAAUGUGCUCAAAAAAAAGGCUAAGGAUCACACUAAUCAGUUGUUAUGGAUUGCUGAUCGUGAUGCACUUGCUAAAGAGCAAGAAGUGUGUGAAAUGGAGCUUAGAGAAUCCCUUAAGAAAAUUGACAUCUUGGAUGAUGACAAUUCUAGUGUGCGUGCAAAAUGGUCCCUUCAAGAAAAAAUUACGCAACAGCUCCAAGCAGUACAAAAUGAGCUUCAGGUGUUAAAGAAGGCUAAUCCUUUUAGUGAUUAUGUAGAGCCAUUGAAAUCGAAGAUUUUAGAGUUGAAAGUUUUCAUAAAAGAUGAACUAAAGCGAACUGAAGCUGAUAUUGUGACACAAGGAGAAGAGCCUUCGUCUAAAAUUGAUGUAAAUGAUAUUUUAAUCCAAACCAGAUCGCGCAUAGAGCAGCUGCAGGAGAAAUUCCUUGAAUCUAAAAAGAUACAUGAUGCCUUUUCCGAAGCAUUGCAACAUGAGCAAGAGCGACUACUAACCUAUCUUGCAGAGAACAGAAGCACUUCAUCACCUGUUUCGUCAGCUAAAGUUCUGAAUACAAUUACCCUACUUUUAAAACUUGCUGAAAGGGGACGUCAGGCCGACGCAUCUUUACCCCUGCAAAAGCAGUUAAGGGACCGCGUAUCGAUCACCUUUCCGGAACUUUCGAAAAGCGAAAUAAAUGUCGCCAUAGAAGAGUCAUUGCAACAGAGGAAACAUCAGCAAUUAAUAAGGGCCUUUGUCAUGGAUCACAGAAGGGCCACGGAAAAAUUAUUCAACACCUAUGAAACGGCCCUUGAAAUCGAUAAAGGGAGACAGGAGUUUGAGGCUUGCAUGAAGGCUGAAAAGGAUAUUAGCUUAAAACGUCUCGAAUAUCAACACCUGCAUCUCGCGCAACAGAGAGAGGAAUAUGAGGAACGAUGCAAAGAGAGUGAACUAAGAGAGAGGGAACUGUGUGCUCUAAAAGAGAAGCAAGACUACGCCUUGAAGGUAAAACGUAUGGAAGAGUUUCAGAAGCGUCUUCAGCAGCUUGUUGAAUAUGAGAAGAUAAGGUGCGAAAUAAAGGAGAGAGAAAGUCAAUUGCAGAUGCUUCUCCUAAAAGAAGAAGAGGAAAAAAAAGCUGAGCGAAUGGAACAAAAUAGCAAGCGUGUAGUGUUUCGUCAGCGUAAAUACGCUGAGAAGAUUGAGCACAGACAAUCUAUUGAAAAGGAACUUAUUGAUCUGAAACAACAAAAGGAAAAAACAAUCCAAAGUUUUUUCGAUUCUGUAGAGCGUAGGAUUGGUGUACAAUCUGAUCCCAAGCGACUUAGAAAAGCUACCGAGUCCAGUGCUCAGUCACAUUCAUACAUCCCAUUCGCAGCGUCUGUAAAAAACAAAAUUAUGGGAUACACAGAUGAUGAGAUUAUGCGCGAUCCACGUAUGAAGUUAUACUAUGCUUUAUUAGAGGCUGGUCUACAUAAAACCGCAUACGGAAGGGAAGUGGUAAGUCAUAACUUUAAAAUCCAACCCGCACAGCAGGCUAACGAGGCAAAUCCACUUUACAAAGGUAUUCCCUGA